GAGUGGUUAUUUGAUCUAUACUCAGUUACGAUGCCCCGAAGGUGUUGUAUGCCGAAUUGCAGGGGCAAUUACGAUAAUGGACCUAAAGUCAGUGUAUUUUAUUUUCCAUCUGACGAGAAUUUAAGACGAAAAUGGUUAUCGGCUGUUCACAGACAGGACUGGACACCGAGUAAGCACUCUGUUAUAUGUGAACUGCAUUUCAACAAGGACGACAUUUUAAGCAGUACCAGCAUGUAUGACCCGAAAACUGGUAUACUCUUGACAGCACCGUUGGAUCGUCGACGCUUGAGAAAAGAUGCUAUCCCAUCGAAGUUGCCUGGAUGCCCAUCUUACUUGUCGAGUCAUCAAACUGCAGUACGAGAGGACCCAGAAAUUCGUAGGGGGCGUUUAGAAAAUCGUGCUCUUCAAAUUGCUAUCCAAGAAAGUGUGGACACACAUGCGAAAAUGAUUGAUGCGAUAUCGUUCGAUAGUUUAGAACAAAUGAAAACAAAGUUGAGUGAAUGUGAAAAGCACAGUGACUGGGUAGUGAUAAACAAAUCUGACAGUGUGAGACUAGUGUUACUAAAGCAUAAUCCUUACCCAAGAAUUUUUUGCCACGUAGUUAUAAGCAGUGGUUUAUUACUCAGUGUCUUCAAUAAUGAUAUUGAAGUGAAAUGUAUUGGAAACAUGAAAUUUCCCAUGAAAGUAAACAACAUACAGGUGGUAAGUGAUGUUCUUAAGAACAUUUAUCUUCUGUAUAAUAGUUCUGAGGCUCCUGUAGAUAACAUUUUGUCUUUAAUUGACCAGUUAUUGCAAAAUUUAUUAGAAAAGUUGCCAGGAAACGAAACUAAAAUUACAUUUUUGAAGGAACAGAUUUCAUUUUUGAAGUGCAGAAGUUCAACUCAAUUUAGGUAUGAUACUAACUCUAUGAUAAUGUGGUCAUUAGUACAUUCUAUAAGCCCACAUGCUUACAAAUUUUUGAGGAACACUGACAGUUUUUCUAUGCCUAGUCCUAACACCCUUUCAAGGCUUUGUAGUAAACUCUCAACAAAUCCUAUCAUUGAGCAACAGGGUCAUCAGUUUAUGAGCUACAUCACAAAUAAAGUAGGUACUUUAUCCUCAGAUGAUAAAACUGUGCUCCUGUUGAUGGAUGAAAUUCAUCUGAAGUCUCAGCUUGAUUACAAAGCUGGAAAUGUUGUAGGAUGUGCCUUUAACACUGAAAAAUUUUUGUGUGCAACCAGCGCCUAUGUUUUUAUGGUUCAGAGCAUGGAAUCACCUUACAAGGAUGUGGUAUCUAUUCUGCCAGUUCAUACUAUUCAGGGUGAUGUUCUGUUCUCUUACAUUAAAGCAGUCAUUGUUAAAUUAGAAGCAGUUGGAUUUGAGGUGGUUGGUAUAGUAGCAGACAAUAAUGCAAUUAAUAAGAAAGCAAUGUCUAAGUUUUCUACUCCUCCAGAUGUGAAAAUAAAGUAUGAUCACCCUGUACAGUCUUCUCCAAAUCGCCCAUUGUAUUAUUUUGUGGACACUGUCCAUAUUUUGAAGUGUAUCUGA